ACAGAACGUCAACCUCCAUGCAGUGCCAGGAGCUCCUCGUGUGGGGCCUGAGCUCGGCGAUGAUCCUGGGUGGGGUGAUGCACUUUAUAUGUCUCAUGAAGUCUCAUGCUGCCUAUGGCCGCUACAUGGACUCCUCGGGCAGCUCCAUUAUGGUGCCCGCAAGGCUAGCCUGGUUCCUCCAGGAGCUUCCUGCUCUGCUGGUUCCCCUGCUUUUGAUGCUGACCACGGAUGGAAACAAUGGCACCGGGAGACACCUGAUGCUCUGGACCUUCUGCCUGCACUACUUCCAAAGGAGCUGCAUCUACUCCCUGCUGACCAAAGGGCGGCCGUAUCCGCUUAACAUCAUGCUGUCAGGGAUUGUGUUUUGCUCUAUUAAUGGUUUCCUGCAGGCACACUAUCUGCUGCACUGUGCUACAUUUCACAACACGUGGUUUUCCGAUGCCUGUCUACUAGCCGCUGGGGAUUGUGCCCUCGUUGGAUCGUGUUGA